GCUGUUCGUUUGUUUAAUAUGACUUGGCACUCUAAGUUCUGAAAAAUAUCAAUUUUUAUUAAUUCACGAUGGGCGGAGAGACUUUUAACUUACCCGUUGGGCCUUCUGAUUUGUGUUUCGACACAUCAGAGUUCAUGAAACCCUCCUUCUCCGCAGAUGAAUUUUUGCACAAUUACCGCAACGCAGCGAGUCUCGAACAGAUGCGGGACGACUUGGGAAUGUACCUGAAGGUCUUGCGGAACUCGAUGAUCGAGCUAAUUAACGCCGAUUACCAAGAUUUUGUGCAUUUGUCGACGGAACUUGUGGAUUUGGACAAGCGCAUCAGCGAUAUUCAGCUUCCGAUUGAGCAAUUACGUGGAGAUAUCGUUCAAGUACGUGACGUUUUGACAGGAACAAUGUCGGAAAUCACGGAAUGUCUCCAAAAGAAGCGGGAAAUUCGUUUGAAGGAAGCUGCGGUGCACGAAGUUGAACGAUUGACGGUGACUUUGGACAAAGUUAAGGAACAAUUGUCAUCAACGACGAAGACAGAGAUGGUUUCGUGCCUUAAUUUGCUUGAAAGAUUGUCGCUGGAUGUCGUCAAACUCGAAUUUGUCGUGAAAUUGCAUGAAAAACACAUUAGCGAAGCAAUGCACGAAGAAGCAAAGGACCUGAAAUUGCUUCUUCUUGAUAAAUUGAAGGAAUGUUUCCUUCAGGUCCUUGAAAAAGAUGAUAAAAAAUCCAUUGAGCAAUGUUUGAAGAUCUAUCUGAUGCUGAACGAAGUCAAAACAGCGGAAGAAACGUUCCGCAAAUGCGUUGUCGUCCCAAAAAUGAGUCAAAUUAUCUGCGAAUCGAGUCUUCAGAACAAUCCGCAAGGCUUGGUUGGCAUUUACAGCAAGAUCACAGAUUUUGUCGAACGGAAAAUGAAAAAUUUACUUGAAAUUGUAGCAAAAAAUCCAAAUUUUAAGGAUUUUGACUUCUUAAUUAACGCAUUUUGGACGGAAAUUGAGCAGAGAAUUGAGUUGAACAUGAAUUCGAUUUUUGCGCCGGGAAAUCCGGAUCAAUUUCAUCAGAAAUUUACAUCAACUUUGACCUUUUUGGACCAAAUCGAGUCAUUUUCGGCAAAUAAAUCCAAGUUUAAGGAACAUCCGCAAUACAAAAGUUUCAUGGUGAAGUGGAAUCUGAUGGUUUACUUCCAAAUUCGGUUUCAGGAGAUCGGAGCCACGAUGGAAAGUGUCUGUUCGAAGAGUUUAAACCAAUUAUUUGUCACCGGAAAAGAUUUUAAGCUGCAACCUUUUGUUACAAUGAUGACUUCUAUUCAAACUUCGUGGAGCGAUGGCGUUUAUUUGCCUCAUUUGUUCAAUCGUUUCUUCAAAUUGACCUUACAACUCAUCUCGAGACUUGCUUCGUGGAUCGAUCAACUUUUGGAAGCGGAAAAAUUCGAAUGUGAUGACCAAACGCAGACCGGAUUUUUAAUGUUGGUCUAUAUUGAUGUCUUGACGUUGCUGAAAGAAUUUCCGAAGAUCUUGGAACUUACAGUGAAAAAAGCUCCGAGUAACUUUCAAAGCCAAAAACAACUUUUAGAGAGUUGUUUCAAUGAGUCGCAUCGAAAUUUGAGUGAUCGUUUGAAGAAAAUUGAAGAAAAAGUGUCGCAAGACUUGAUUGCGAACAGUUCUCCGUACAUCAAACAAGUAAAUGACAUUCCAAGACUUUAUCGGAAGACAAAUAGGGAAGUGCCGACGAAAAAUUGUGCUUAUGUUGAUCAUACGUUGGCAGCGACGAAAGAUUUUCAUGAGAAAUAUGGACAAAAUGUGGGAAAUGAGAGAGUUUUAGGGUUUUUGGAGAAUGUUUUUGUGGCGUUAACGGAACAAUACAAUUCUGCAGUAUCAGAAGUCCUCACAUCCGUUCAAAAAACCGAAGAAUCAUUACGUCGUCUCAAGAAUUUACGAGAACGAGGAACUGGCAACACAAAUCCUUCCACAAACGAACGCCAAGGCAUGUCUGAUGACGACAAAAUUCGUUUACAACUGCAGGUCGACGUGAUUUAUUGGUCUCGUGAAAUCGAAAAAUUCGGAAUUCCACAGAAAAAGAUCCCCAAACUCACGGAAUUGUUAAAAUGCGUCGAAGAAGCCACAAAAAUUCACGUCGCUGAGGAAAAAUGAACGUAAAGCGUGCAAUAAAUUAAAUUCUUACUUUA